GCAUAUUACAUAUUCAUUGUGUGAAAGGCAGGCAAAAUGUGGUUCAAAACACUUUUAUUCGUAUCAUUGUUAUUAGCUGUAAGCUCAAACGAGCUACUUUUCAACAAAUUCAAAAUCAACCAUGGCAAAUCCUACCAAACUGAAUCUGAACACAAACUGCGCUACGCAGUCUUCAAAGGAAACCUCAACAAAAUCCAGGAGCACAACGCCAAGUACAACGCCGGCUCGGUGUCUUGGUACUUGGCAGUCAACCAAUUUUCUGACAUGACUUCAGAAGAAUUUGUCGCUUAUUUAAAUGCAGUACCAUUCAACAAAACUAAGUCUGAGUUGAGGAAACUGCACGUUCCAGCUUUGAAUAUUCCCGAUAGCAUUGAUUGGAGAGAGAGGGGCGCGGUCACUGCAGUUAAGAACCAGGGAGGUUGUGGUUCAUGCUGGGCUUUCAGUGCUACUGGAACUCUUGAAGGCGUCUAUGCGAUUAAAUCAGGCCAACUUCUCUCACUCAGUGAACAAAACCUCAUAGAUUGUUGCACUUCUAACUCUGGAUAUUCUGCUGAUGGUUGCGACGGAGGUAUCGUCCAAAGUGGUUUAGACUACGUCAGGGAUCACGGUAUUGCUACUGAAGACGCUUACCCUUACGAAGCAUAUCAAGGUAGUUGCAGAGCUGGUGAUACAGUAAUCAAAAGCACUGGAUACACAGAAAUAAACCAGAACGAUGAAAACGACCUUAAAAACGCAGUCGGUUCCGUUGGGCCGGUGUCUGUGGCCAUGAACGCUGAUUUACUUCAAUCGUAUGGUGGUGGAAUUUUCGCUGAUACAAGCUGUUCUACAGCAAUCGAUCAUGGAGUUCUAGUUGUAGGCUAUGGAACAGAAAAUGGUCAGGAUUACUGGAUUGUUAAGAAUUCAUGGGGAGCUGGCUGGGGUGAAUCUGGAUAUUUUAGGAUGGCUAUUGGGCACAACUUGUGUGCUAUUGCUCAACAAGCUUGCUAUCCAAUCCUUUAAAUUUUAUUGUAAUAAUAUACCUACAAAUUUAUACUUUUUCAUAUUAAAAAGGUACCUUUAUCAAUAUUUAUGUUGUGUAUUAUUAUGCAAUCUUCAAAUUCAAAUAUAUUUUGUCCUUUGUGAAAACUCAUGACAUAGAA